AUGGGCUCAGGAUGCUCUGUGGAAGUGGGACGCAUAGUCGACUGCCAGUGCAACUCCUGCGACGAUGGCCAACUCGACGCGGGCUAUGUUUGGGCGGGCUGUAUCAGCCGAGAAGAGGCACUUCCUGACAUUCCUUUGCCGCAUCCGCUGACCAGCAGCCGCGAUGAAGACCCCACGCCACGUGGACCGGUGCCACCAUGGGCAGUGGCACUGGCUGAAGCGACGCUGGUGGACCGAACGGCCACUGGAGCUACUCCUCCAAGGGUACUUGCACCAACUCGCUUUGCGCCGCCGGGGCUGCCGGAGGAGUUUGAGCAGACCAACCACAAUCAGCCAUCUUUGCUCACUGCGCUUGGUGCCAACUACUCCCGUGAGAUCUUCCGUGCUGCGCGGGUGGGAGAUACCACCCUGCUGGAGAAGAUGAUUCAAGAUGCGGUGUAUUUCGAUUACCCGCAUGCACCAGUGAAAGGUCCAAACGCAGAGCCACCAGAGGAUGUCAUCCGACUCUUGAGUUCUGCCCGAGAUUCUGGUACCGGUGAGACGUUGUUGGGUGCUGCUGCAAAACAUGGAGAAGCUCUGGCAGUCCGAGUGCUGUUGGCGAAUUCUGCAGAUCCAGCCGCCGUCGACAGUCGUGGACGGAUGGCACUUCAUCGAGCCGCAGAAGGAGGGGACGUGCUGUCGACCCUCAUGAUCCUGGACCGUUUGCAGACAGUGAAUCGCUUUGUCACUGUGAGGGACUUCGUUGACAAUGCUGGGGAAACCCCAGGAACUCUGGCUGCAGCCAUGGGCUGCAACGCAGUUUGUGGGGCCUUGGAGGUUUUCGGGGAUAUGCAGCUGAACGCGGAGCAGCAAUACUUUGGGCAGUUGUCAGGUACCUCCACAGGCCUCCUGGGUGCCAUCAAAUUUACCUCUGAGUCUUCUGAGGACCGAAACCAUGCCAAACGGGUGUUACAAGAGGUUGCCCUGGGUGGACGUCUAGUGCAACAGCUGUGGCAGCACAUUCCAGAGGACCGCGAAUCGCUGGACCGAGUGCUCAGCAAGGCCUUCGAUGGGCUGCGCCGUGUGGAGGAGCUGCUUUUGUGCACUUGCUGGACGAGGUCCACGACGUUGGAUGCCCACUGGAAAGGCUUUGCCAAGACCUUGGACCUGCGAGCCAGGUGGCAGAGGAUCAGGUUCGAAGCCACGAAGAGUUUGGCUUCACCGGAGGUGGAGGAGUUUUGGCAAACUCACCUUAGUGCCAGUAGAAUGGCGCAAAUGACCACCACUCCCGGCAGCCUUCGACAACUCUACCUGGGAGUCCUGUGGUUGUACACACGGGAGUCCUGGCUGCCACAUGUGAUGGAUGCUGUGGCAGGGGUGUUGCGUGCCUUGGAGAGUGAGGAGGCCAGCAGUGCUGCAACUGCACCCUUUCCUUUCGAUGAGCUGAUUGAGGCGCUCUCUCCGAUGGCGCAGCUAGUGCAAGCGGCGACCUGCUUCUUUCGCAGCGCGGGGGUGCGACAUGAAGGGAUCACCUUCCGGCCUUUGGUCCUGUCUUCCGCGGCCUUGCAAGAGCUCAUCGACACGUAUUUGGCAAGCAAGGAUGAAUACGAGAAAGUAGUCAGCCAGGCGUGUGUGGAGAACGAUGCCGUCAUGGUGCCUGCCUUAGACACCGGUGCUUUGUGGUUCACCUUGAGUCAGGGAUCCUUUGCAACAUCCUACGCUUCUCGCUGGGAUGCUGGGAGACGUUUGGUGCAGACCAAUGCCAAUGUGUUAUUGGCCAUCCAGGCUGACUCCAGGUCGCCCAGCUAUCCGGAGCACAUGUCGCUGAGGGGUGGCAGUGAUGAUGUGGAGUCAGCUUUGAAACGCGCGGCAGAGGCGAUCUCCAAGUGUGAUGCCCUGAUUUUCACCGCAGGUGCUGGAAUGGGGGUGGACAGCGGGCUGCCGGACUUUCGCGGCUCCACGGGACUCUUCAAAGAUCGCUCCGUGGCCAUGAGCUACGAGGAGAUGAGUGAUGACAAGUGGUUCAGCGAGGAUCCGUUGUUUGCCUGGGGCAUCAACUACACCCAGUUGUCCAUGUAUCGCAGCUGUGUUCCCCAUUCAGGAUACGACGUUCUCCUGAAAUGGGCAAGAAACUUGGGAAAGCCGUAUCACGUGUGGACCUCCAACAUUGAUGGCAUGUUCGAAAAGGUGGGCUUCCCCCCUGAGCUGAUCUACGCCUGUCACGGGGACCUGCACCAUUUGCAGUGCACCAAAGACCGGCGAACGUGCAAAGGUCUGGAGCCCGACGGCUCCGAUGAGGUCUGGUCCGCAGACGUGAUCCCCAAGGACCUGGAUGAGGAGGUGGACGAGGGCGCCCUGCGCUUUCGCAGUGCUGAGAGCCUGGAACGGAGCUACUUUCUGUGCUCCAGAUGUGGUCGACUGGCGAGACCCAAUGUUUGGUUUUGCCAUGACAAGAACUACAAUGUCUCCAGAGCGUCCAUUGAGAGAGGCAACGGCUUCAACAAGUGGCUGGCGGAGUUGCAGGACCGCCAAGCCGCGGUGGUGGUCAUCGAAUGCGGUGGCGGCCUGGCAAUUCCCAGUGUCCGCGUGCAGGGUGAGGAUGCAGUGGAAGGAAGUGGCAAAGGUUCCCUUCUGGUUCGGCUAAAUCCUGUGCACUGCAAGGUUCCUGCAGAGCGUGGAGUGGGCAUCCCGCUGGGCAGCAUGGAAGGCUUGCUGCGGCUGGAUGCGGAAGUGGAGCGACUGCGUGGACGGAAGGAGAAGGUGUCGCCCGCGCGGAAGGCGAUCUAUCCCAGUGGCACCCUCUUCCGUUUACUGCGCCUGGCGCGGACCACCAGCUCGGACCUUGAGCCGCAGGCAUGUCCGGCGGGGUCACAUCGGCAGUGGUCUGUGACGGUCAUUGAACUGGUGGCAACGGAUCCGCGACCAGAGGCCUUCUUGCUCUUGGACCAAUGGUCUGGGUUGCAGCAGCUGGAGGAGCUGCUCUUGGCGUGGGCGGAGGAGACAAAUGGAGGUCAGCUCCAACGACUUCAGCAUGCCACAGCCUUGCUCCUUAAAGGGGGCGGCAUGAAGCUGCACUGGCUCAAGGCAGCAGAUGCGUUGCGUCGGAGACAGGAAGAGAUGUAA